AUGCACGCCGUCAUCCAGCGCUGCUGCGUCAUGGACACCCACGCCCGCCCGACCAUGAAGGCUGUGGCCGCCAUGGUGAAGGGUGCUGCUGCCACGGCCAGCACCACGCCGCAGAGGGUGGACGUGCAGCACUACCUCCCGUUUGUGCCCUCCCUGCGCCAGCCCAUGCAGCUCAACUCGGUGUAUGUGGACUCGGGCAUGCCGGUGGACAACACGUACGCCGGUGUUGACGAGACGGCGAUGGGCCUGCCGCCGGGCGAGGCAACGUACGCCGGCAUCGACGACGUGCACGCGCUGCACAAGUGGGACAGCUCCGACUACGAUGUGGGCGGCGCGGUGGUGGUGGACAAGAGCAACCCGGUGUAUGACGAGGGUGACGCUGUGGGGCCGGAGUACGCCAUGCCUGGCGAUGCACAGGCCACCCACGUGGUGUAUGACAUGGGCAACAACGACAACGACACGUACGCGACGGCGGGCGGGGUGAAGCAGGCUGGGCAGGUGCUGUACGACAACCAGAUUGGGGGCGGGGCCUUGGAUGAGGGCAACUACGCCCUCACGUCGCACGCUGGCGACCAGCCCGUGUACGACAACAACAUGGAGGGCACGUACGCCACGGCCGCUGGUGGCAAGAACCGCGGCGGAAAACUCAAUGAGGCAGACUAUGCACUCACGUCGCACGCCGGCGACCAGCCCCUGUACGACAACAACAUGGAGGGCACGUACGCCACGGCCGCUGGUGGCAAGAACCGCGGCGGAAAACUCAAUGAGGCAGACUAUGCACUCACGUCGCACGCCGGCGACCAGCCCCUGUACGACAACACCAACGGCAACGGCAACAUGGAGGACACGUAUGCCACGGCCAUGAAGAUGCCGGGCAGCGGUAAAGGUGUUGGCGGCACGGGUGAGCCCAACGAGGCAGACUACGCCCUCACCUCGCAUGGCAAGGCUGUGGCAGGGCUUGGCGGCAACGACACGUACGCCACCGCCACCACGGACGAUGGGCAGCCCGUGUAUGCCCUGGGCAUUGCGCACAACACCAUGUCUGCUCCCUGGAGCGUCGCUCGUGCCCGUGGUGGCGCCGACAAGAACAAGACCAAGGCACAGGGGCGUAGCGAUGGUGAUGGUGAUGGCGGUGACGCUGUCUACGCAGAUGCCCAGCUCUUCCGCACCACCCAUGAUGAUGAUGACGACGAAGAUGGUGGUGAUGAGGAGGGCAACUUGGAGGAGGUUUCCGGUCCAUCGAGCAACGCAGCCGAAAAGCAAGCCAUGGCAGCGGUCGUGUUGCUUUUCUUCUUGGCUGGCAUCGUGCGAGCUCCGUGGCCGUGCUGCGGUGAUGCGGUGAUUGAAUAUGAUGAUGAGAGGGAGGGAGGAGCGCUCCACAUCAACACGAGCGAUCCUGUGGGCCAGCACGUGUUCAUCAACGGUGUGGACAUGCAGCAGUUGCACGAUCUCGUGCAAACGCAAGCCAGCAUGCUGGCGGCCCAGGAGAGCGCGAACGUGCAGCUGCGAGCCACCGACCAGCGGCAACACCAGGCGCUCUGCCGCCGGUUUCCGCCGGUCGCUGAUUCGGCUGGCAUCACCAACGUGGGCAUACGGAACCGUGACUGGCACGGCGCCGUGUUGGCAAACAACGGCAAGAUCUACGGCAUCCCAAACACCGCGUCCAACGUUCUCGUCAUCGAUCCAGCGGCCAAUACAACAGACACCAUCCCCCUCACGGGGGUGACCAAUGGCGGAACCAAGUGGGCCAGCGGCGUGCUACGUACGCAGAACGGCCUCAUCUACGGCAUCCCGCACGACGCAACGGCCGUGCUGAUCAUCGACCCCAGCACCAACACGGCAGACACAACGACCCUGGCAUCCCCGCCUGGUGGUGCCAAGUGGAACAGCGGCAUCCUCGCAGACAAUGGGCUUAUCUACGCCAUUCCCUGGCGCCAGCCCGCUGUCCUCAUCAUUGACCCAGCCACCAACACGACCGAUGCCACCAGCAUCGCAGGCCUCACCUUCGGGGACAGAAAGUGGUAUGGCGGCGUGCAGGCGCGCAACGGCCUCAUCUACUGCAUCCCCCACGACGAAGACUACGUGCUCAUCAUUGAUCCAGCGACAAACGCGUUUGACACCACCUCCAUCACCGGUCUGCCGAGUGCGGGCCUCAAGUGGUGGGGCGGCGUGCUUGCAGGCAACGGCCUCAUCUACGGCAUCCCGUCGAGCGAAACAUCCGUCCUCAUUAUCGAUCCCGCGACAAACACCGUCGACACCACCUCCAUCUCUGGCCUUCCCGUUGGCCCGAGCAAGUGGCUGGGCGCUGUGCCAGCGUCAGGUAGGGGCGGCCGCAUCGUCGGCAUCCCCUCAUCGGCUUCGUCCGUGCUCAUCGUGGACACCAUCACCGGCACAGCGGACGCGACGUCCCUGUCCGUCUCAGACGCCCUCGUAAGCGACGACAAGUGGUGGAACGGCGCCCUCGCACCCAACGGGCUCAUUUAUGCCCUUCCACAAACGUCCAACGCUGUGCUGGUCAUCGGUCCCGGCUGCUGA